UAAAGAUUUAAUGCAUCCCAAAAGGAACCCUAUACUGAAUAGUACACUACUGUUGAACAGGGUCCAUAGGGUUCUGGUCAAAAGUAGUGCCAUUUAGGAUGCUGGUAUGUGAGCAACAGGACUUUUUGAAGGGACAUAUUACAUUUGCGUUAUUAAACCGACCUGUCCUUUGGCCUCUAGAAAGUAUUUUAGAAAGUAAAUGAUUAAUUAAUGUAUUCUUUCUUGUGAUAUAUAACUUCUUCAAAAAAUGAAACCUCUCAAUCAUUGUAUGUGAUUGAAUGUUCAUAUCCCCGUUUUUGUCUCUUUUUGAAAAUAAUUUUAACUGGAAAUAUGUGCAAUACAUUUGCUAUGUUCACCAAAUCAGCAACAAGAGAUUCACAGGUUCACAGGUUUUUCGUGUCAUUAUCAUUCUUUUAAACGGAUGAAACUAGCAUGUACAUAUGAAAUGGUGACUGAAUUCGAAACUCCCAUGAAUUCUUUCAGUAUCUGAAGUUUGCUGUAUAUUUUAUGAGUAAUACAUGUUAUUUAAUGAUGAACUCUGGGUUAUCGGUGUGGGUAAUGUAUUUUAUUUUAUUUUGCAUUGCGUCCACAACAUUUGAUUUUUAAGGGCAAUAGUAGCCUACAUUUGUGUACAACUCGCAGGAUUUCCAUGCGUGAGCUUUCAACUGCACAGGGCGUUGCAUCAGCACGAGAUUGGAAGUGCGUCAAAUCUGUACAGCAUUGUUACGUCAUCACUGAUAAACGUUGAAACUGAUGAGAAACGGCGGGAGCAGUUCAGUCUGAUUCUCGCUAGUCCUGGAGGAGCGUUCAUUUUGGCAAGGAAAUGUGCUGAUUUUGCAAGGACGUGGAGAAGAAAGAGUUCAAGGAGGCCAAAGGAGAGAGUGAGUUGAAUCAGGUUGAUCUGAAGAUAUCCACAUCAACUCUGACACUGGAGGUCGAAGGAGAGAGUGUGAUGCAGGAGAGUGAUGAUGUAGAAACAGCCGGGCCAUCUCAAUCCCAGGAGACUGAACGAGUGGCAAAGGCUGCAGUGGUGACCUUCACUACCAUGACCCGCAAGGCUGCAGCCUCCCAGACCAGCCUCACCCUCAGCAGGGGAAAGAGAAGCUACCCAGACCUACACACCUUUGUGCAGGACAUGAAGGAUGGCCAUUGGAAUCUGCUGAGUGAGAAUAUGCGUGCCGGGAUGAGCAGAGAUGAGUUUAGUGCUAGGUGCAUGGAUAUUACAAAUUGGGUGAUGGAGUCUACAUCCACUGUGGUCGUUCCUGCCCUUGACCUCACCAUGCAGAUCAGGCACUCUGAUUCGUCAAGCUCUUCUGGAUCAGGAAGUAAUGAGGCUAGAGAAGUGAUCUCUCUUGGCCGCAGCGUCAGAUUCAGCUUUCGUGGUGGACCCAGUAGACGCACCAGUUCAAGAACUACUUGCAGCACACAAACUCCCACGCCUUUCCCCUCCACUCACAGUUCCAUGACCUCUUUGCUGAGUGAUGACGAAGAGCGAUAUGUCUCCUCACCUGAGGGUGGUGAUAGAGAGAUGAGACACAGACCCCACUCGGCACCACUGAGUUCUGUGUUUGGAAUCUCUGAGGAUUCUGUCUUCAACAUGGUCCAGAGAGGCCAGUCGCAGAGUCACAUCGUACUGUCGUCCAGUUGGAGUAGACGGGAGAAAUACAGACCUGUCAAAAUACCAACGGACACCAGGUUUAUGAUGGGUAUUGUAGAGUUGGUAAUGAACCUUCUCAACUCCAGAUUGGCUGAGCUAAUGCGAAGUUUCAGUCAGGGAACUCUAGGUCCGCUGUCUGGUAGUAUCUCAGCAAGUCAGCAGUUUGCCCAAGAAAUGCUAAGCAUGGUGUCUACUAAGAUGUAUUCCCAUGCCAUAGAGCAUAUUGCGCACAGCCACAAGUCUCCCCUUGAGUUAGAGAGGGAGCUUGAGGCCAUAUUGGGUCCCCUGGCUGGACAGGUUAUAGUCAUCAUCAUAGAUAGCAUCUUUAAGGCUAAAGCCAACGGAGGAAACAAGGGACGAGCGACCAGCCCCUUGACCUAUUUUCUCACUGCCAUUUCGGCAGAAAUACAAAGCCUAGUUGUUCAGAGAUCGGCGAGCAGACCGUCCACCAGACUGUCCAACAACGACCCACUGCUGAACAUUUCCAAGUCAAAGGUCUUAAGAUCAGUUCUGCUCAAAAUGGCAGAACUCUUUGGCCAAGGUCCAAAUGAAACCUGUCUAGUUCCACUAGUCCAGAGUCAGUCCGACAACUCUGUUUGCGACUGGACUCUGAAUUCAGGCACCGUUCAUCCAAGUCAAUUUCUGUCCCAUAACAGAAUGACAGAAGUGUCAUCUGAUGUUGUGGAUCUUGUACUUGAGGUUUUGGGGAUAACAGGAUUUUUGGAUAGCAUGAACCCGUCAAAGCCACAGAGUGCCUGCUCCUACAACUCAGCUAGUGGAGCAAUAGAUAUGAGAGCUCUUGCUGGGGACUUGGUCAGACAGGUGUCUGUCAAACUCAGACCCUUUGUCUCUGAGAGUCAACUCUCCACCAUGUCCAUGACAGAUCUGUCAUCAUCUAUUUCUGACUCCAGCUUGAAGCAGUUGUGUUGUAGCUCUGCUGUUGCUGCAGCAACUGUCUGUCAAGCAAUCAAAAUGGAGCUUGAGAACCAGAUACCUACAAACCUGUCAGCCAGAGACCUACUAUCGUCUCUGGUAGAGAGCAUUGAGGACAUGGAUAUUUCUGACAUCCUCCAGGGCCCGUCGGCCAUUUUGGAGGAGGCUGCUAUGAUUAAACACCCAGAGAUGUCCACCUCCACAAUAUACAGGUCUCUGCUUCUCGACUCAUCUCUCGCCUCCUCUAACAUGGUCACUGAGAGCAUUAUCUUCAACAGCCCACGCCCAUCAGAGGAGAAUGUGAAUAUUCAGAAUGUGCUCCCUGUUGAUAAAGUUGACAUCCUCCAUGGUCAACCAGUGGAGGGGUAUAUCGUCAAAGCUGAGCAAUGCAUCACUCAGGUCAUUCAGGAUGCAGCUGUGACAUAUACUGGGGUGCUGGAUAAAACCGACACUUGUGGGAAACCGUUGGAAGUUCUGUCUGUCUGCGUUUCCGCAGAGAAUAUUGAGGAUGCAUCCUCUGAUCUAUUUGGUGGAAUUAUUUCCGACCUGCAUGAGGUAUCUGAGGUCUAUAAGACCUCCAUGCGUACGAAAUCAGGUCGCAAAAUGUUCUGGAUGGAAGUGAGUUCAGGUUCCCAGAAGAUUUAUACCAAAACCCUGGACAAACUGAGGAAGCUUUUCACCUCUCACCUUCUCACUGAGGGAAAAAAUACUCCUGUGCAAAUUGAGUUCUAUGACACUGGACUACUUGUAACUGAGACCACUGUGGAGGUAUCUCCUGUACAGAAGACAGACAGUAAUACCUCUUCAAUGUCCUCAGCCCACCAGCUCACCCUCGACACCUGCACUAAAGGGGUCAUCAAACAGGUGAUCUCGGUGCUGAGGGUGGAGACUUCAAAGGAAGUCAAAUGCGAGAGCAUGUCAAAUGCAUCCUUCGACUUCAACCAGAAGUUGGACUCUAUAAUUUCGAAUUUGGAGAGCCUCACCAUUUCGAGUGAUGUGACGUCAGCCAAGAUUGCCACGCUCACGCGAUCUCGUAGUGUAGCCAGCAGAAACUCUAACAUUUCCAUCCAGAGCUUUCACAGUGCUGAGUUCCGAGCUACGGCCAAACAGAUUGUGCGUGAAGCCAUUCUCAGAGCUGCUAGCGAAGCCAACUGUUCUUUGCCACAGAGCAUGCCUAGCAGCAUCUUCUCACACCAUGUGGUUUCUACAACUGAAGAUAUAGUGAAUAUGAUCAUGCAAGACCUUGAAAGUCUAUCCCAGUACACAGUGGAGGACGCAGACUCCUUCCCACUAGGGAGAAAAGGCUGCAGUCCCAGCUCAAUCCCAGAGUUGUCUUUGACACCUUAUUGGAUGCUGCUCAAACCAUGUACCACAGAGUAAAGGAUAGACUGAAUGUCUUUUUGUCUUUUCCAACCGUGUCAGUCACCACAGCCAAAGAUGUGCUGGACUCCACCCCUGUGGAGACACUCAGAUGCUCAAAGUCCCCUGACACUGCUCUUGUUAAGGACAGGAGCCGC